AUGGAGGGUGACGGGAUUGCUGAAGAGACAGCCGAGCUGGACGACGAAGUGACUGAAGUCGACGCUGCCACCGAGCUGGGGCUUGACGAAGGAGACACGGAAGAGCUCGAGGAUGAGCUAGCCGGAGUGCUGGAAGAUGUGCUCGUUGCAGAUGUUGAAGAGGCUGACGAAGAGACAGCGCCUGAGCUAACCUGGGUACUCGAUGACGAGCUUGUUGUGGGAGCAGAGAUUGGAGUACUUGAUGAGGAGCUCGAGGUCAAAGAGACGAUGGCUGAUGAAGAACGCGAGGUGGAUACCACCACGGAUGACGAGCUGGACGACGGCAGGACAGCAGAAGAUGAGGAUGAUGUUGGGACACCGGAUGAGGACGAGCUAGACGGCGCCGCAGUGGAAGAAGAGCCCGGGGCUGUGGCAGUGCUGGCAGACGAGCUCGAUGUAGGCGCAGCUGCUGAAGAUGACCUUGUUGACGAGGAGCUCGAUGAUGUGACAACAGGUGAUGAUGAGCUGGACGAUGAGGUAACAAUCAAUGAAGAGCUGGAAAUCGAGGGGAGGACUGAGGACAAGCUCGUCGACGAAGAAGCCCUGGUCGAGCUUGAAGCUGAUGCAACACUAGAUGAGGAUGCGAAUGCUGAAGCAACACUCGACGAACUGCUCGAUGUUGGAACUGACGAUGAGCUUCGGCCGGAAGAAGAGCUCGAUGAUGGGGUAGCAGCCGUGGAUGAGCUCGACGCAAGAGUAGUGACAGAAGAGCUCGAUGUGGGAGCGGCGCUGGACGAGCUUGAUGUGGGGAUUGCGCUGGAAGAGCUGGAAGCUGGAGCAGCAACGGACGAGCUCGAUGAUGAGAUACGGCUCGAAGUUGUUGCUACAGUAGAAGAGCUUGAGGCAGGGACCACAGAAGAAGAGCUAGAGGUCGGAGCCGCAGCGGAAGCACUUGAAGAUGAAGAUGGGAUGCGGUUUGAUGUCGAAACAGCAGCAGAAGAGCUCGAAGCUGGUACAGAGGAAGAGCUUGAAGCUGGAGCCGCAGACGAGGAGCUUGAAGCCGGAGUCGCAGACGAGGAGAUACGGCUUGAAGUCGAAGCUACCGCAGAGGAGCUAGAAGCCAGGGACGUAGCCGAGGAGCUCAAAGUUGGAGCAGCAGAUGAGCUAGAGGAUGAGCUGCGGCUUGAUGUCGAGGCAGCAGCAGUGGAGCUGGAUGAAGAGACCAAUGCAGACGAACUGGCGGCUGUCAAUUUGCUUGAGCUAGAGCUUGAUGGGCAAGAGCUGACUCGGACCGUGCUGGUCGCAGUUGUGGACGUAGUUACAACUUUGGUAGUCGAUUGCGUGACGGUACUUCCAGACGAGGUCACCGUGGCGGUGGAAGCAGGAAGAGCGCUCGCUGUCGCCCGAGGUGUGAUGGUCACAGUAGACGUUGCAGUGGCGGUGACAGUGCUUGCAGGGGCGGGAGAGGGCCCGAAUGUAGCGACAAAGGGGAGAGGGCUACUGGCACCAGCGGCAGCACCUCGAUAG